CCGUCGGGCCCGGGUGCAGAGCGGAGCGCGCGGCUCGGCGCCCCCGGCGGCCCGGCCGCGGUGCAGGGACGCGCGGGGCCAGCGAGGGGAGCUGCAGGGUAACUUUUCCAGGGAAAGCGGCCGGUCGUCCCCACCAGAAGCCUCCCUGCCUUUUGUUUGUUUUCCUGCCGGAGGCUGGAGAGCGGCCGGGUCCCUGUUGCUCACCAUGCGCCGCGCGGCCCGAGCCCCUCGCCGGCGCCCCCGGGCGGCCCUGCGCGGACCCCUCGGCCGGUCCUAGCGGGGAUCGCCCGGUGCCCGCGCCCGCUCCCGGGCCGCCCGCUCUCCGAGGAGCCGCGCUCACCGCAGGAGCGGGCCCCCGCCUGUGCUCGCGGAGCCGGCAGGACUCAUCUUUGAAAAUAUGUAUUUGGGAGAUAGUCACGUUCUUUUGAAGACCUCUUGCUGCUGCUGCUGUUGCUGCUGCCAUCGAAAAAUCUGGUUACACUCCGGGGAGGCCUGCUGCGGCUGCAGGACUGGUCCACCUCUGGCCUGA